UGAUUAAGAACAACUUGCAGAAAAAUGAAUAAAGCCUCUGCACCAUCAGCACCAAUGCCAGAGUUUGAAGGCAAUGAAUUUCAGGGCCACCCACCUCCACCGUCAUAUGAUCAAGCAAUGUCUGUUUAUCCACCUCCAGUACCUGAAGCACGUCAGGGUGGACACGCACCCUACCCACCACAGCAGUUGCCCUACCCGCCGACAGCGGCACAGAUGUCUUAUCCACCAGCUGUGGCACAGCCGCCUUACCCAGCAGCAAGUUCUCAGAUGCCGUACCCCCCUGCAGGACAACAGAUGCCUUACCCACCAGCUGGACAACAGAUGCCAUAUCCCCCAGUGGGAACACAAACACAGCCGCCAUAUCCUGUGCAGCAGCCUCAGGGAUUUAUUCCAAGUGGUGAGCCACAUUCCAUUCCACAAACGAACAUGCCACCACCUCAGCCUCCCGCACCCCAGCAGACAUCAGUAACAACAGCAGUGUUUGUUAAUGGACCUGUGGCAGUAGGACCAAAACCUUGCAGACUGCGGUGUCCUAUGUGCCAUUCAGACAUUAAAACCAGCACAGUCACUGAAAACCAGGCUGGGGCUCACAUCGCUUGUAUUAUUCUUUGCCUUCUUGGGUGCUUUCUGUGUAGCUGUAUUCCAUAUUGCAUGGAUUCUUGCAAGAUUGUCCAGCACAAGUGUCCAGUCUGCAAGAGUUAUCUUGGAACCUAUAAGGGCUAAACAAAUUCUGCAACUUGCAACACCGGUGCUCUGUGAUUCAUGGUUGCUAUGAGGAACGUUGCAUUUGAUACUCCAUUAUAUGUUCUUGUUACAUUGUAAUCUCAAUGUUGUAUACUACAUCUGUUGUUGUCGUCUUGCCAUUUCUGCACUGUAAUUUUUUUUUAAAAAAAAAAAAAAAAAGAUAAGACUAAGUUCAGUCUUCUGCGAAGAUGAAGAGCAAACUUCAUAAUUUUUCUUAAUAAUCUUAAUGCCAAAUACUUAAACUUGUGUGCAAGUAAAUUUUUGUUUUUCAUGUAGAAUUUUAUCUAAGUUCCAGGAAUACUGUGUAAAAGCAUGACAAAAUUUAUGCCACAUAACGGUGUGGAUGUUGUGUAGAUCUUCGUAAGUAAAUGUGUGAGGAAGACCAGUGAUGAAUCUUCCCUUGUAUAUAUGUUAUAAGCUAUAAUAUGUCAGGGAUAAGAUCUGCCUGCAUGUAAUAUGGACAGUGGUAUGAAGUGUUGUAAGUAAUAAUCAGUUGUUCAUUGUCUUUGUUUCGUUGUGCAAAGUAACAAUACCUGCAAAAUAGUUGUGGUAGAUUAUUCAGCCUCAUAUGGUCACAGCCAAAGUAUACUCGUUUAUAAGUUUCAGAUUUCAUGUUUCUAAUAUUUAUGUUUACUGUACAAACAUAUUUUUCAGUUUGUUUAUGCCAUAUUCUUUUAACACAGCUUGCUAGGUAUACUCUUUUAAAUUAGAACUUAGAUCAUUCCUGUGAUUAUGAUUUUCACAUGUGACAGUGAAGCAGGUGUGCUGCAAUUAUGAGAAAUGUGUGAUGAUUGUCAUGUUAACAUCAAAGGUUGUAAAAGUAAUCACUUUCCAUUUAUCAUUACAGUAUGUGUGUGGUGUUACAGAAUGGGUAUCUGUGUUAAAAUGUUGGUAUUUUCCAUUAUCAAAAGUUUGUAAGCCACCUUAUUUGGCUGUUUAUGUGGGAAUAAGGAUAUAAUCUGUGCCAAUUGACUCACAUGUCAUACAGAUAAUAUUGAAAAUGACAGAGGAAAUAGAUUUUAGAUACAAGGUAACUUUUUUAUCUGUGCUAUCAUAUUUAAUGAAAUUGAUAAAAAGGUAUGAAGUGUUCUUCCCGUUUGAAGGAGGAGACAAAGUACUUUUUUUUUUAAUAUACCACACCCUUUCUAAGCAUUAUAUUUACAGACAAAAUGUACAUAAAUUGCAGGCUUCUCUGUGUAAAAUUUACGUUCAUGACAUGAUGGCCUAUUGUUAAGUAUCCCCCAUCAUAUUAUAAGCUUUCGACAUCAUUGUAACACUGCUGUAUUUACUAUAGUUCCAUAUAUGUGCAUUUAAAUUUUACAGUUCUAUUUAUCUAUUUACUUUGUUUCCAUUUGAUAUAUUUCCUUCUAAGUCUUCCAUGUAUGGUUUCAUUUUCCCGUAUUUUAUAUUUAAUUACUGUAAAUAUUUUUACAUGACUGAUUGUAAUUUUAAGUCAUAAAAAAGUUAAAGGACAUUUCAUUGGCAUACUUCAAUUAUUGUUGUAUACAAUUGUGGAUGCUGUUGGCUUUUAUUUAUAGAAAAGGUAUCACCUUUUCAGUGUUCAGUAUGUAAUGCAACAACUCUAGUUGAUAUUUACACUUCUAUUUUCAGAGCUGUGAUUUGUAGAUACCUAUAAUUUUAUUGCUGUAGAUAUAUGUCUAUUUUUGUAAAAAUUUCUAGGUCAGAUAUAUUACUUAGUUACCAUGACAGUCAGUAAUUCAGCUUAGUAUGUGAUGAUGUGGUGCUUAUAAAAGAAAUCCAGUGGUAUAAGUUCCAAGUCUCUUGUUCAACAAAUGGAUAAAUAACACAAAAGCUGUAUGACUGCAGAUGGUCUACUUAGUUUUAUGUGCCCCAUAUGUUAAAUUAUUCUACUUACCUAUGCUGUUUUAAAAUCUUGUAGGAAAGAUAUUUAUGUGGAAUGAAAUACCAGUGUAAAGAAAUAAAAUGCUUCUUUGUGUGGA